AUGGCCUAUAGUCAGCCCCUAACCAAAGUCACGGGCCGGCUCCGGAUCCACAACCAGCUGGCCCGACAGUGCCUGGCAGAGUUUCUGGGUGUGUUGGUGCUCUUGCUCCUCACCCAGGGGGCUGUGGCCCCUGUCACCAGCGGAGAAAACAAAGGCAACUUCUUCACCACGCUUCUGGCUGGCUCUCUGGUGGUUAUAAUAGCCAUCUACGUGAGUGGUAACGUUUCAGGGGCCCACCUGAAUCCAGCCUUCUCCCUGGCAAUGUGCCUCCUGGGGCGUUUCCCCUGGGCCAAGCUUCCCGUUUACUGCUUGGUGCAGCUUCUCUCUGCCUUCUGUGCCUCUGGAACCACCUACGCUGUCUACUACGAUGCCCUACAGAAUUAUACAGGUGGCAACCUGACAGUGACUGGCCCCAGGGAGACGGCCUCCAUCUUUGCACCUGCCCCGUAUCUGUCCCUGAACAAUGGCUUCCUGGAUCAGGUUCUGGGCACAGGGAUCCUGAUUGUGGGCACCUUGGCCAUCGUGAACACACGGAACAAGGGAGUGCCUGCGGGUCUGGAACCUGUGGCAGGGGGGCUGCUAGUCCUAGCCAUCGGGCUAUCCCUGGGUGUCAACUGUGGGUUCCCACUCAACCCUGCCCGCGACCUGGGCCCACGGCUUUUCACCUACAUGGCUGGAUGGGGCCCUGAAGUCUUCAGGGCUGGUAAUGGCUGGUGGUGGGUGCCUGUGGUGGCCCCUCUGGUGGGGGCCACGCUUGGCACAGCCACAUACCAGCUGCUGGUGGCUCUCCACCACCCGGAGGAGUCAGAGCCAGCUCAGGAUCUGGAGUUUGCCCAGCAUAAAGCCUCCGACUUGAAAAUGCCUGCCUCAGUUCAGUUGCCGCGGUAA